AUGCUGCUUCUCCUGUUGCUGCUCCUGCUGCUGUGCUGUCACCCUGACGUGCUUUGGCAAGUAUCAACACCGGAAAAAGUGAUCGCACUCACCAUAGACGAUGGACCGUCAAUCUACACCGCCGAGAUUCUGGAAAUACUCGAAGCGAACCAUGCAACAGCCACAUUUUUCAUUAUUGGGUCGCACGUUUCGAAACUGAAAGAUGACCGGGACAAGAUUCUUCAGGGACUGAUUCGUGGUGGAAAUGAGCUGGGUAAUCACGGCAUGUACGAUGAACCGGCAUGCAGGCUACCCGACGACGAGCUCGUGUCACAAAUCAAUGCAGUUGAUAAAGUCAUCCAGAAUGCCUACGAAGCUGUAAAUACUGUACCGAUGGAUAGCAACAACACGCUUCCGAGAUAUUAUCGUCCAGGAAGUGGUUGGUACACUACGAGAAUGCGCAACAUCGUCAGUCGUCUUCGGUAUAAGCUCGUCUUGGGUGAUGUGUAUCCCCACGAUCCUCAGAUUCCGUUCGCAAAAGUCAAUGCCGCGCAUAUCCUUCGCAUGGCGAGACCUGGAGGAAUCAUCAUUUGUCAUGAUGGACGACCCUGGACGUUGCCGAUGCUGAGAAGUGUUCUUCCGGAGUUGAAGAGAAGAGGUUACAAGGUUGUGCAUGUUACGGAACUGCUUAGAUAUGCGGAUUCGUAA